UCCUCGCUAAUCGUCUAUGUCUGCGUCAUGCUGCAGCAUUGACUUGCUUGAAUCUCUUCCAGAUGAUGGCGCAACCGACCAGAGGCCUCCGUGGACAAUCCCGGUUCAGCGUCUUUGCGAUUUCCAAGUGCAUAAAUGACAAUCCUGGGGUGAAACAUCGCCUCAGUCUAAUGCCAGUGAGCCCGUCAGCUUUUCUUCAAUUCUGCUGGAGCUGGUGUUUGCCAUGCACGCAUUGGCGAAAGCCCUGUGGAAGAUUGUUAUCGUCUGUGUUCAUCGGUGGGUGAGAGCCGGGAGAGAGAGUGCGAGAGUUAGCGGAGAGGGAGAGGUUGAGGUGUCCUUUGGUUCACCUCCAAACUAUGGAUGGAGGUGCAGAUUAGUGCUGAGUGAAUGAUCUGGUCUCAGGUACAGAGGACAUGUUUGAUUGACGAUGAGCUUGGGGUUUAAAGGAUUGAGGUGAUAGAUCGACAAGGCUAGUUAUGUCUGUGGCGAUGGCGGCGACAAGUUUGGGUAGCUUUGGAGGGCAAAAUGUGAUACUUGUGCGGAACGACAUGAGGGGGUCGGAUUCGAUGCUGGCGAUGCUCACGAGCUGUAAUCCCGUCUUGGGCUUUCAAGUUCCGAGAUCGGGUGGAGGGUUGGAAGACGCAAUUGCAGGGUGCGGGCAGAAGCGCCUGUUUUAUCCCACAUUCGAAAACUCCCCUGUGGAGGAGACGGAGGAUGGGGACGACGGCGGCGACGAGGGUCGCGUAGAGAAGAAGCGCAGACUCACAUUCGAUCAAGUGCGAUCCCUCGAGCGAAACUUCGAAAUGGAGAACAAGCUCGAGCCCGAGCGGAAAAUGCAGCUGGCCAAGGAGCUGGGGCUGCAGCCCCGCCAAGUAGCGGUCUGGUUCCAGAACCGGCGCGCGAGGUGGAAGACGAAACAGCUUGAGCGCGACUACGAAGUACUAAACUCUGGUUACCUGAAACUUAAGGUGGAGUUCGAGACGGCUCUUCGGGAGAAGGAUUUCCUCAAGGCUGAGGUGCAACGCCUCUCAGGCAAGACCAGCUCCCAAGACUCCCAGGGCUGCCAGUCACCGGCCGACCCGUCACAAUGUGAGAGCGAGACAACGUGCUCGGACAAGACGAAACCAGAUAUCGCGGUGUCGUUGAAAGAUCACUACGCGCGAUCUUCCCAAACUGUCGACGUCGUCUCCUCCGCGCACAAGCUCACGAAUGGCGACUCUAAGGAGAUGUCCACGAGCUCCGGCAGCAACUCCAGCGACCUGCUGGACACGGACAGCACCAGGGUCUCCGACAGUUGCUAUUUGUCCAGAAUUCAAGACGAGCAAUUGGCGGGUUACAGCAGCAACCAGCUUCCUCCCGAAAGCUUUGUGGGGCCCAACCUGCUCCACGGUGACGAUGCCGAGCCUUUCUGCGGCCGGGACGUUGCACAGCAAGUCAAUUUCCCGGUGAAGCUCGAAGACGCCUCCCACUUCCAAAUGCCCGACAUCCCGAAUUGCAUCUACUUUUUGCCGCAAAUUGUUUCUGAGCAGAGCGUACUUCCCUGGUGGGAUUGGCCGUAAGCAAGCAUUCGCUACACCAUCGAUUUCCUUGUACAUAUCCUGCUCUUUUCCCCCACUAGCCUCGCCUACAAACAAGGCUCUCUGCAUGAUUAUCUCGUCGAUUGAGCGCACCAAGUCCAACCUUGGAUUCUGAGACGCUUGUGUGACAUACAUGCCGUUUUCAAAGACCAAACUCAAGCUGUAGACGAAAGAGCUAGUACCGAACAAUUUUUUUUUUGUUUUUUUAUUUUAUUUUAUUUUAUUCGCUUUAUUUUGGGGCGGGCAGAGGAGAUGAGACUAGACUAGACGGAUAAGACUCGGUCUUGCUGAUGCAUAUCUCAUUUUGUCGAAUUUUCCUUAAUGAGUGAGGGCAAAAUGGGUGUAAGCAUCAGUGCUUUGCAGAAGAAGACCCCAGUAACCACACUUUACAAUGGGCAAACAUUGGAAUGGUUGGUAGUAUUGGUUGUAAAUGUACUGGACAAAAACAGCAGCAACUCGGGGCCCCUUUCGUCCCUGAUGAAAGAUCCGAUCCGUUUGGAGAAGUGACUUGCGAUCGACAUAUUGUGUUCAUGUCGAAGUUCUCGAUGACCUUAUUAAUUUGAACUACGUUGGUAGUAGUAGCGACGUUGCAUAUAUA